AGUGUCUCCUUUUCCUGGAGCCUUUUUGCCCUCUUAAGGUUCCCGUAGCUGCCUGGUAGGCGGUGCUGGUGGCUGUUGUCAUCAGGGGGAAAUGGCGGCCUCGGCUCGGUAUUACCGUGUUCCCUGCAGGCUCCUUCUGUCGCCAAGGGCAAGUUAUGGGGUUUGUGCAUUAGCAUCGCCUGUUCUCCAGCAACAUCGUCAAGUUCAUUACUCUGUGAUUCCUCAUGGAAGAAGCGGGCGCUCUUCUGUCAGUGGUAUUGUGGCCACUGUCUUUGGGGCCUCAGGAUUCCUGGGUCGAUAUGUUGUCAAUCAUCUGGGGCGUAUUGGCUCUCAGGUCAUCAUCCCAUAUCGCUGUGAGCAGUAUGACAUAAUGUACCUUCGGCCCAUGGGUGACCUAGGACAGCUCAUUUUUAUGGAAUGGGACUCACGUGACAAAGAUUCUACCCGAAGAGCUCUUGAACAUAGCAAUGUAGUCAUCAAUCUUGUUGGGAAGGAAUGGGAAACAAGUAACUUCAAGUAUGAAGACACCUUUGUUAAUAUUCCCAGGGAGAUAGCCAAGCUCUCAAAGGAAGCUGGAGUAGAAAAAUUAAUCCACAUUUCUCACUUGAAUGCAGAUAUGAAAAGUCCUUCAAAAUACCUUAGGAAUAAAGCCAUUGGAGAGAAGGCUGUGAGAGAGGAAUUUCCAGAUGCCAUCAUAAUGAAGCCUUCUGAAAUUUUUGGAAGAGAAGACAGAUUUUUCAACCAUUAUGCAAACACACGUUGGUUUGUUGGGAUUCCACUGAUUGCCUUUGGCAAGAAAACUGUGAAGCAGCCUAUCUAUGUAGUUGAUGUUGCCAAGGCAAUAAUUAAUGCUAUUAAGGACCCUGAUUCUAAAGGAAAAACAUAUGCACUGACAGGCCCUCACAGAUAUUUUCUGUAUGACAUGGUAAAAUACCUUUAUGCCGUGCUCCACAGAGCUUUUCUUCCAUAUCCAAUGCCCCGUCCUUUGUACCAUUUAGCUGCAAGAUUCUUUGAGAUAAAUCCAUUUGAGCCAUGGACAACAAGAGAUAAAGUGGACCGGUUCCACAUUACAGACAUGAAGUUCCCCGAUCUUCCUGGCUUAGAGGAUUUGGGUAUCACCCCAACUACUGUAGAACAGAAAGCAAUUGAAGUCCUGCGCCGCCACCGCAAUUUCCGCUGGUUGGAAGCUGAGCUUGAGGAUGCACAACCAGCCAAACCUGUUACCAACAUGUAACGAUUAAUUUCUGGGGCUUUUCACACUGAAGUUGUAUUGAUCUCAUUUGUUUGAAAAUAAUCUGUACAUGCUCAGUUAAAUCCUCCUAUAAAUCAUGUAACCUUUA